CGGCGGCUGCUCCGGACGCGAAAGGGUGGAUGCCCUGGGGAGGAGUGGAGGGGAGGGCAGCUGGUGGGUGGGGAGUCCCGAGGAGAAGAGUGACAGUCUCGGGGGAAAUGGUUGCAAACCCGGGGAGAACGGCGAGAGAGAGAGGGAGUGUGUGUGAGUGAUAGUGCGGCAGGGCAAUGAGGGUGCGGGGGAAAGAGCGCCGGGGAGAGCGGUAGACCCAGAGCAACAAGGCGGGCGGUGCAAGUUGCACACCCGGCGGGAGCAGUCGGUGCGAGAGUGACACUUGAAGGAGUGCAAUAGGGCUGAACUGGACCAUGGCGACGUACAGCCCCACCGACUACGAGCGCACGGAGGCUUGGCUCGAUGAUAAUUUGGACUUUGCACAUUCAUACUUCGUUCGGAAGGCGACCAGGGAAAUGGUCAACGCAUGGUUUGCUGAAAGAGUGCACACUUCAAAUGAAACGGCGAGGGAUUUAAACUCCGUGCAUCACAAGGCCUGGCCGGAGAUUCUAACCCCAGGGACUCCUACCAGAAAAAUCUCAGCUUCCGAAUUCGACAGACCUCUCAGACCCAUUCUUGUUAAGGAUUCUGAAGGGGCGUUAACAUUUGUCUUUGAUUCCGACAAGAAGGAUCAUAUGCCGUUAAAAGUUCAUAAAUCUGGCUGUGAGGCCACACCAGUCAAUGAUCAGUGCUCCAGACUUUUAGAGCUUGUCAAAGACAUCUCCAGCCAUUUAGAUGUUGCAGCACUCUGCCACAAAAUCUUUCUCCACAUUAACGAAGUGAUUGAGGCUGACAGGUAUUCGCUUUUCCUGGUGCACGAGGACAGCUCAAAUGAAAGGUUUCUUGUCAGUACACUCUUUGAUGUUGCAGAGGGAUCCACCCCCGAAGAGGCUUCAAACAACUGCAUUCGGUUAGAAUGGAACAAAGGGAUUGUAGGAUACGUGGCAGCUACUGGGGAACCACUGAAUAUUAAAGAUGCAUAUAAGGACUCCAGGUUCAAUGCCGAAGUCGACCAGUUCACAGGGUAUAAGACACAGAGUAUUCUCUCCAUGCCAAUAAAGAACCACGAAGGGGAGGUAGUUGGUGUUGCCCAGGCAAUCAACAAGAAAUGUGGAACUCACGAAACAUUUACCAAAAAUGACGAAAAAGAUUUUGCUGCCUAUUUGACAUUUUGCGGGAUUGUCCUCCACAACGCAAAAGUAUACGAGACUUCAUUGCUUGAAAACAGACGCAACCAGGUUUUACUUGAUCUUGCAACUCUGAUAUUUGAAGAGCAACAUUCCUUGGAAGUAAUUUUGAAGAAGAUUGCAGCAACUAUCCUGUCAUUCAUGCAGGCUCAGAGCUGUACCAUCUUCAUUGUGGAUGACAACUCCUCUGAUUCAUUUUCCAGUGUCUUUCACAUGAAUUCGGUGGAGCUAGAAGAUCCAGCAGAGUUCCAGAGGAGCAGGAACUAUGAUGUAACCAAAAUCAACUAUAUGUUUGCAAAGUAUGCAAAAAACACCAUGGAAACAUUGAAUAUUACAGAUCUUUGCAAGGACACGAGGUUCAUGUGGACAAAUGAAAAUGCAGAAAAUACAAACAAGCAAAUAAAAAGCUUGCUCUGCACCCCAAUUAAAAAUGGAAAGAAGAAUAAAGUCAUAGGUGUCUGCCAGUUAAUGAACAAAAUGGGUGAAACCUUUGACAAAAUCAAGGCCUUCAAUAAAAAUGAUGAACAAUUUUUGGAAGCAUUUGCCAUUUUUUGUGGUCUGGGCAUACAGAACACUCAAAUGUAUGAAGCUGUUGAAGUGGCAAUGGCAAAACAGGUUGUGACACUUGAGGUACUUUCAUAUCAUGCAUCUGCCACUGAAAAUGAAACUGAGGAGCUUCAGGUCACAGCGGUCAAGACGGUUCCUUCUGCUCAUUCACUUAAGCUACUAGAUUUUAGCUUCAGUGAUUUCGAGUUGUCUGAAGUUGAGACAACAUUGGCUGCCAUCCGGAUGUUCACUGACCUGAAUUUUGUACAGAAUUUCCAGAUGAAAAAUGAGGUUCUUUGCCGCUGGAUUUUAAGUGUUAAAAAGAAUUAUCGAAGGCAUGUAGCAUAUCACAAUUGGAGGCAUGCGUUCAAUACGGCUCAAUGUAUGUUUGCGCUGCUGAAGUCUGGCAGGAUUCAGAACAAGUUAACAGAUCUAGAGAUUUUAGCUCUCCUCAUAGCAACACUGAGUCAUGAUCUGGAUCACAGGGGAGUGAAUAAUGCUUUCAUAAAGAGGAGUGAGCACCCACUGGCUCAGCUUUACUGUCAUUCCAUGAUGGAGCAUCACCAUUUUGACCAGUGCGUCAUGAUACUCAACACUCCAGGAAACCAAAUUCUGAGUGGCCUUUCUCUGGAUGAAUAUAAAACUACCCUGAAAAUGGUUGAGCAGGCAAUUCUUGCUACAGACCUAGCAGUCUACAUGAAGAGAAGAGAAGAAUUUUUUGAGCUGGUGAAAACCAAUCGAUUUGACUGGGAAGAUAAAAGUCAUAAAGAACUGGUAAUGGCAAUGUUGAUGACAGCUUGUGAUGUGUCUGCAAUAACCAAACCUUGGCCUGUUCAACAAAAGACUGCUGAGCUCGUGGCAACAGAAUUCUUUCAACAAGGUGACAAAGAAAGAGAAGAGUUGAACAUUGAGCCCAUUGAUUUAAUGAACAGAGAAAAACGUGAUCAAAUCCCCAGCAUGCAGGUUGGAUUCAUUGACGCAAUCUGCAUUCAACUAUAUGAGGCUCUGGCAACAAUUUCUGAAGCUUGUCUCCCAUUGCUUGAAGGCUGCAGGAAUAACAGAAAGAACUGGGAAAUGCUAGCUGCACAAAACCUGGUGAAUGGAGAAAAGAAGUAACUGCAGAUGUUGGUUUAAAACGAAGAAAGACAAAAAGCUGGAGUAACUCAGCGGGACAGGCAGCAUCUCUGGAUUUCGCGUCAAGACCCUUCGUCAACCAUUAUGGUUUCGGGUCCAGAGAUGCUGCCUGUCCCGCUGAGUUACUCCAGCAUUUUGUGUCUUUCUUAAUUAUCUACAGUAUUUGAUGGCCUAUUGCGAAAGCUAAAGUUCAGUGAGAAAUAGGAGUUAGCCUGGAGUAAAGUCUAGUAAAUAUUUAGAGUACUUCAACAUCUUACUGGUGGUGUUAUAUCCAAUCUCACACUGACAUAUGCUCUUAUUUUCAAUUUAUUUUCUAUCACUUGUAUGAUUACAAAAUAACCUCCAUCUUUCUGAAUGUACCUGUUGGUUGCUGAUGAAUUAAAUAAAUAAGCAACCAUGUCUUUUUACACCUUAAAAAAGCCAACUUACCACAUUGACCCAAUAUUUUCAUGUAGCAGGCAUAUUGUCAAUGCUGAGUUUUUUUAUUAAUGUAUAGGUCAAACACAAAUACACUGGUCAAGGAUUACUCAUAAUAAUCAUGAUAAUAUGACACAUAUUUGCACAAUGAUUAAUCAUUUUUCUAACUAACUGGUUCAUUAUGGUUAUUUCAAUGGUUUGAUUACUGCACAUGCACAGAAUUCUUGUGGCGUUUUCACUGCAUAUAUGAAUAUGCAAUUUAUAUUUGAUGCUUACUUCCGAGGAAUAAAAGGAAAAAGUAGCAGUGUGGCCUAGAAUGUAUGUUUACACAGAUAAGAGCACCUUUACUUGUUAACCAAUUCAUUGGCUCCUUUGAACAUGUUCUCAUUUUAUUUAAAAAUAUCAAGAUUAUGGUACACAAAAUGAUAUUUAUCUUUUGAUCUUGCAUGACAGGGGAAAGUAAAAGUGUGUGAAGCCACAUUUUACGGCAUUUCUAGUAUGUUUUAUAUUGAAUAGCAUGUUAUCACUUUCAGAGUAUAUAUAUUAAUGUUUGCUGCGUGAAUGUAAGUCAGGAGCAAAAGAGCAUAAACAAUUUAUUUUGUAUGUUGUAGCCAUUGAUAUUGUUGGAGAUACUUUUGCUCAGUGUUGGCACAUAUUUAGUUAUUAAUGCAAAUUUAUGACAGAUGUUAAAAUAGUUUGAGCACAAGUUCACUAGUACUGUGCACCUGGUUUUGUGACUUUAUUCCCAUCCCAGGCUCCCUUCAAUUGUGGUUUCCCUCUGGAAACAAGACUGGUAAAAUCACAAAUUCCUUUUUUAUAAAUUGUGACCCAACUAAUCACCCAUGUUUACAUUAUAAAUCUGCACCUACCUGCAAUCAUUAGUUUUGUUUGCCAGUGAUAACAUUCACAUCAGCUAGGACUCCUAAAAUUGUUAAGUAGGGUCAAUUUCUAGACAACUUUCAUAAUUCUUAAUGGAUAAGACCACCUUUACUGGCUAGUAACUUUCCAGAGAUACAAACCUGUUGUUAAAUAUGUAAGCUUGGGGACAGAAAGGCAUUAAUUAAUAUAAAUGUUGAUGCAUGGAGUACUCUUUUGUUUUAAAGAAGUUAAUACAAAGCAGAAGCCUACUGUGCUACACCAUCCUUCAUAACCAUGUCAGUCUGAAUUGCCAAAGAUGAAGAGUUUCUUAGUUUAGAUAAAACACCAGGAUUAUAGAAUUACUAAAAUGUGAAUAGUGCAAUGAUUGUGUGAAGUAGCGCCCUUGCUAAUACUUAAAGUGACAUCUCUGCUCAAAACCAAGAUAUAAAACAUGGUCUGAAGAAGGGUCUCGAACCAAAAUGUCACCAAUACCUUCUCUCCAGAGAUGGUGCCCGUUGCUCCAGCAUUUUGUAUCUAUAUUCAGUUUAAACCAGAAUCUGCACUUCCUUCCUACAUAUAAAACGUGUCUAUCCCUAUUCAUAAUAGUUUGUUCUCCAUUCUAGGUAGAAAAUACUUAAAUAAAAAUAUUACUAGAUCAUUAAUACUAUUGCAUGAAGCUUCCAUGUAUAGUAUAUAAAAAAUAACUUAGUUAGAAAUCAUAACCUAGAUAGCUCAUGGCUAUUUACAAGUGUAUGAUUUAACACAGUGAUUGGAAAAGCAGCACUGGAGGGUUCACUCGAUUAGGUUUAAACACUGGUCGUGAAUAAUAUCUAUAAAUUUAAUUUGUAAUUCUAAAAAAAAUCAAGGUUAAAUUAUUCUUGUGGCACAUUCCUCAACAGUUCUACCGUUUUCAAUUUUCCUGGGAAUCUGGGUGAGAAACGUAAUUUAAAAAGUCCACAUUGAUUCCUUACAUUUUCUGGUUAUUUGUAGUCUUAAAUUAUAACAGGGAACAAUUGAUUCUCAAACAAUCACUAAGAGGAAGAGAAAAACGGUUGCAGGUGCAACAUCAAAGGAAAGAUUGGGUAGAAAUGUUGGAAUGUUUCAUGAGGGUAUCUUGAAGCGAGUCUGAUAACGUGAUCAAACAAUGUGAUCAAAUAGUUGAGCAGCUGUAAAGCUGCGGUUUUAAAUAUUUGGAUGGACAAAAAUUAGAUACAUAUUUUCAUAAAAUACCUUCAUAUAUAUCAAGUUGUCAAACAGUUGUGUGAUUUCUGUAUUCCCAGGGCACUGUAAAAAUAUCAGUACCUGAUGAAAAUUUCCAUGAGAUCAAGUGGCACACCAUUCAGCUUUGUAUUUUUAAGUCAUAAAAUUAGCAAUAAAUGCCGUUUGUUUAUUUUA